AUGCCGCUCUGGUUGCCCGACUGGGAACUCCGGGAGCGCUCGCCGUCGACCGAAAGCGAGGCCUCCACGGCCAGCUACUCAAGCCUCGCCAGCGACGCGUCCUUCUAUGACGCGUCGUCGGGAGAUGAGGCCGGGCUGGCCGAAACGGGUGGCCACGACACCGCCACGCGCCGGUCGGCUCCUCCGCUCGCGUUCGCGUCGCCCCCCGCGCGCCACUUCUCUCCACUGCCGUCUUCGUCCCCGCUCUUCUCCUCGGCUCAGGAUGCGAUUGUUUGGAUACCCGGCAGGGCGGGCGUUACGCUGCCUGACCGGGUAUCACCAGAAGCCGCUCAAGGACGUCAGGGCGCCUGGCUUUCGCCACCGGCCGCACGGGCCACGCCGGCGCCUAUCCGGCUUGUAGACGACGUCCAAGACCUUCGUCCGUUUGCUGUGCCACCCGGCAGGGCGUGCCGCAUGCUGCCUGUCGAGGUGGCGCCUGGACUCGUGCCCGACUCUCAGAGCGUUGGCUCCCCGGGCACUCAGACGCCUUGCCCAGGUCCGAGUGACUUCCACACGCCGCGUCAAGACCCCGGACUGUCUUCUCCGGCGGGCGGCAUGCUGCCCGACCGGGUACCACCAGAAGACAAUGAAGACCACAACGCCGACUCUCAGAGCGACCACUCCCUGGGUGCUGACAGGCUACACCCGGGUCCAGCCGACACUGCACCGACCUCCGCUGCCCUCCCGCCUGCCCCACCAGCCCCUGCCCCACCAGCCCCUGCCAAGGCUCCCGACGAAGACUUGCUUGCUUCCCAACCCGGCAGGGCGGCAGGCAUGCUUUCCGCGGGGUACGCGCUUGUAGCCGCUACGGCUCGCGCCCUGGGCGUCACGCACGACACCAGCGACCCUGCGGACAGCAGCAGCAGCAGCGAUGGGGAGGGCUCGAGUAACGAGGCAAUUGCUUUCACUGUUGACGAAGACUGUCCAAGUGAUGACGACCGGCUUUGUCUGGCGGCUACGGAGCUGCCCGGCCAAGCUGGAUACACUGCAGUGGCCGCGGCUACACCCAUGCCAGCGUCCACUGCAGCAUCUGUCUCUGUCCCACUAUUACAGCCUCUGUGA